AUGAAAAGAUUAGAGUAAAACAAAUAUAAGCUAAUAUUUUUUGUAUUAUUGCUGUAGAAUAUCAUAAUUACCAGACAAUAAAGUAGUGCAUGUGGUCCUUAUUGCUCUUAAUGUAAUUUUGAUUCAUGUACUUAAUGUUAAGUUAACUUUUAACUUGACUUACAGUCAAAUUCUUGCAUUUCAAGUUGUUCUACUUUCAAUCAAUACUACUACAUUGAUUAAAAUGAAUGCUUACCUAUGUGUCCUUACGGUUAUUAAGAAAGCGUAGCUAGUUAUACUUGCUCUAAAAAUGUGAAGUGUCCUCAAUUUAGCAAUUUAGGAAAUUAAUUUAAUUCAAUAAUAGAUACUACUAUUGUAAAUAGCUCCACUCAAGUUAUUUCAUAGAAAUCUUCAGAUUAGAGCUAAUUUUAUUUUAGCUUGUUUAACUCAACUAGCUUUUUAAUAAUAGGAAAUAUUCUCUCCUUUAAUUAGCAAUUUUAGAAGACUUUCUUUGACUCAAUCCUAAACCAAUUAAUUAUUUCUUCUGUUUCUCAAAUAUCUUUUUGGGAUAUCAAUAACUGGAAACAAGUGAAUUCUAUAGAUUUGGCUUCACAUUUAAGUAAUUCUCAAUACAUUUCUUACUUAGAUAAUCAAAUAGCAAUCAUAUAAGAUACAACUUAUAUUAAUUUUGUGAUUGUGGAUUUAAGCAAAAAAAAUACUGAUUUAUAAUUUUCAGACUUGAAUCUGUAAAGAAAAGUAGAUAUAGUUAGAGUAUUUAAUAAUACAGUUACAUAUUAAAUACCUGGCAAAAAUGGUUUUUAAAUUAUCGAUUUUCAGUUCAGUUCCAAUUAAUUACAGCAGUACUCUAUAUGUAGUUCAUAUUUACCAUAAAGCAUUCCUUUAGGAAUACAAUAUAAUAAUUAGAAUAGAAUAUUUUUUGCUUAUUCCUAAGGUAAUAUAGGAACAUGGGAUUCUGUAAAAGGAUGCAGAUUAAUUAAAAUUGAUCCGACUAUUUAAGCUUUUCAGUUAGUAUUUGCAAACAUAGACUAAGCGAAACAGAAUGUUAAUUUGAUAAGUUUAAACUAAAAUUCAGUAGCUUUUAUAUCUAUUAGUCUGACCUAAGAUAAUAGUUUAUAGUCAAUAAUUUAUUCUUUACAAUCUAAUCCUGUUUCUGUUUAAACCUUUUAGUAGACAAUUUAUGUUUUAGAGUAAUCUGGCUUAUAAAGCGCUUUAAAUAUUUAAUAAAGUUAAUUAGCUUUAAGUUGUAGCUAAUUGAUUCCUAAACAUAACUUUCAAAAAUUUAUUAAGACGAUGGUUCUUUCAAAUAUCUUUUAUAUUGUCUACAAAGAUUCAAUUGUUUCUUAUAAGUUCAAUAAUGAUAAUGGAUCUAAUCAGUGCACCUUAAAAUUCUAAAAUUAACUGAGUUAAUUUAAACCCUAGUAAUCUUAAAGCGGUGUUUAAAUAAAUGGUGUUAUAAUUGAUAAUAAUUACUUGGAUUAAAUUUUAACUUAUGGCUAAGAUGGAUCAAUACGAAUUUAUUAAAAACUGUUGAUAAAUCAGAGAUAUUAAUUAUAGCUAUUUAAGGUUUAUUAUCAUCCUAGCUGUAAUAUAAACGCUAACGGAGGAAAUGCAGCUUAUCAAUGCUAAUAAAUAUUAAAUGCAUCUUAUAACUAAAAUUAGGAAUAAAUAAUAAAUUUAGGUAAUAAAUUUCUAAAGUGGAUAAGUUUAGCUAUUUACUAUCCUCAAACUCACAAACUAGCAUUUACUUUUGCUAUUGGAAUAGUUAUAAUAACUUUUAAUGGCAAUUCUCCAUCAAGUUUAUAUGUUGAUGCUUCUUUAGUUAGUGAUUUCUGUUACCAUUAUUAGGCACAAUAAAUCUUUUUAUAGUAACUAGAAUAUAAAAAAGCUUUGGUAUAUAAUGAAAAUGAUUCAGCAUACGCUUUAGAAUAAGUGCUUUUCGCAGGUAACAUAUAAGGAUUAACUUGUGGUAUGAGUAGCACCAACUAUUUCUACUAUUUUAUUCUUGUGCCUCUAGUUCCAAGUUUGAAAAAUACUGUGUAUGUAUUUUAGAUGCCUAAUAUGGAAGUGGUGUUUUAGCAAUCUUAUCAAGAUUAAGUAACAGGAGUAUAUCUAAGUGAAUCUGAGCUUAUUUUAUAUAUUAGCUUUUCAAAUGGCAAUAUAGAGGCUGGAAAAAUAUUUUUAGACUACUUUAUAAAUACACCUUCUAUUUAAAAUUUAAAUGCCUUAUAUUAUUCAUCCUCAAAAUAUUAUAUAGCAUCUUCAGGAAUCAAUUCAAACUAAGCAUAAUUAUCUAAACUCAGUUCUCUAAACCUUCAAGUUUAAAAAUAAGUUACUAUUCAAAGCGUAAGUAAUAUUUAAUUUAGUGCUUUUAGUGAAGUAUCAGAUAUUAUGGCUAUCUCCUCAUAGAAAAAUAUCUAUAUCUGGUUUGUAAAUUCAGGAAAUGCUCCAUAGUAGCUUUAAUAGCUUCAUCAAGCAAAUGUCUAUUAUUUAUCUAUAGAUGGAACUAAUUAAGUUCUAGUAAGUGCAUCAGUUGACUUUUAGUUAUUUGUUUGGAAUUUAAAGACCUAUUAAAAGAUGAUAUAAAUAGAUUAUCACAAAAAUGAUUCAUAAGGUUCUUCAAAUUUUAGUAUAAAUAACAUUUUAAUAGAUGAAAUAAAUAAAUUACUCUUUAGUUAUAACUCAAAUAGAAUUUUAUAUAUUCAAAAUUACCUUAAUUAAAAUCUAAUCAGAGUCAAUUUAAACUAAUAUAUGGUUAUAGCUAGCUUUUUCGUAUUAAAUCAGUCCUAAAACGUUAUUGUCAUAUCUUAAGACUCUGAUUUUUCUAUGAGUAUAUAUAAUUAUCAGUAAGAUUAAUCUGGAAACAUUUCAUUUAAUGAAAACAAAAUUAUUCCAAUCAAUCAUUCAUAGUUACCAAUUUAGCUAAGAAUUAUAAAUAACAAAAUAAUUUCUUUUGAAGCAAAUAAAUUAAUUGUUACCGAUUUGUUAAGGUUUGAAGUAUUGUAUGAAAUUGAUGUUGUAAAUCCUUAGAUUAAUGAUUUUAUUGUCUCACUUAAAUAAAAUAAUUUAAUUAUUUGGAGUGAUUGUUCAUCAUUUUGCAGUCCAAAAGUUCAAAUAUAUAACUUUUCUAAUGGUGCUUAUAUAAUGGAUACUCCAUAUUAUAAUGAUAUUGAGUAAGGUUUAGUACUAAAAGUUAUUUUAGAUGAAGACACAAAUACUCUAAUAAUAGUAAAAUAUCCAGCUUCUGUUAUAGUUCAAUUUUUUAAUCUUCAAAGUUAAUAAGCAUCAGGUAUUAUCUAUGCAACAAAUAUACCUCUAACUCUCCCAAUUGAAAAUGUUUACUUAAUUAAAGAGACAAACUGUUUAGUACUUGUCGCAGGAUAGCAACUCUAUGCUUAUGAAAUAGAAUAAAGGAUUGGAGAUUAAAAGCAAUUUAUUCCUCUUCUUCGUAAUUAAUAAAUAGCUUAAUAUACAGAUGCUAAUUUUAACUCUAAUUUUAUGAUCACUGAUGCUUUUAGUGAGGUAUGGAAGUACAAUAAUUAAACAAAUUAACUAUUUAGUAUAACAAAAACAUUAAAAAAUACUUUUAAUACUUAAGUAAAAUUAUUAUCGUCUAAUAAUUAAUAUUUAUAUGCCAUACUUUAUGACUGUAUCAUUCAACUUGACUUUUGGUUAAAUGAACUUAAUACAGUAUUUAAUGAGAUUGAUUAAUAUAUUAUUACCAAUAAUUAUAUAUUCACUUCAAAUAUGAAUGGAGCCUUAUCAUAAUAUACAUUGACAAAUUUAACCUUAACUAGCCACACUAUAAAUCUAGAUAGUAGAGUACAAUUUAUGAUAUAAAUUUAAACUACAUCUGAAAUAUUAGCUGUAUCACAAACUAAUAUAAUAUACCGUAUCAAUAUAAACACUGGAGUAAGUAGCUAAUGGAUAAACUCAAAUGUCUAGAUCUUAAAUAUUCUUUAUGAUAGUGCUAAAUAAAUUGUUAUAAUAGUAAGAAAAGAUGGAAAUGUUUCAUUUUUCGAUUCAGUGACAUGGAAUAACAGUUAAUCUAAAAACAUAAAUAUAAACAGUGGGUAAGUCUUGCCUUAAACUCUAAGUAAUAUUUUAUAAACUAUAAUAGAUAGUUAGCUCGGGCUAGUCCUAAUAAUCAAUAGUAUAUCAAACUCUAUUAAUCAAAUUUAAAUUUUUAGUUAUUAAUUUAGCUCAGGCAAUAAUCCAACUUUAACAGGAGUCUCUAAUAUAGGAAGCUUCUCCAGCUGCUCUAAACUUCCAUUUAUGAAUAUAAAAAUAACAUAAGACAGUUAUUUAAUAUUUUCAGGAUAUUAAAUAAAUUGGAUAUCCAGAACAAAUAAUAAUUUUUAAUAGACUAAGUUAAUUAGAAACUCUGAUUAUUUCACUGACUUGUUAGAUUUAAUUUAAGUUAAUAGCCCUGUUUUAUAAAACAGCAUGUUUACCAUAGAGCCUAAUGCUUUAAAGCUAUUUUAUUUUGUUAACAAUACAAAUUUAAAUUUGAUUUAUUAACGUUAUUGCUCUUUUCCUCAGCUCUUAAGCUAUAAUUUUAGCUAAUCAUAAAUGAUUUAAUAAAUUAGUAUUCAGAUUAUAGGAUCUUGUGGCGAAGAAUUAUUUAAUGACCAAAUUUAUAUAAGUGAUCCUAAACUUGAAUUAAGCACUAUUUAAUCUUGCUAUUUUGAUUCAAACACACAAUAUCAAUAUUAAUUUAACAAUGUAUUAGAUCAAAUUUAAUUUACUCUAAAUUAACUAAAUAUGAAUCCAAGUCUUUUAAUUCUUGAGUAAAUGUAACAAACAGAUUUUGGGACAAACUCAAUAGGAAAUAAUAUGACUUAUUUGCUAAGAUUUAGAAAUUAAAAUAAAUAAAAUUAAAUACUUAAUAUUUAUGAUAAUUAUUUUAGCAGCUAUCCAUAUAGUGAAUUAUAAAUCUAUGGGUUUAUAAUAAAUUUAAGCAACGUUCAAGGUAAUAUCUUAUUUAGCUCUUAAAUAUAGGAGAUAGUUAUGCAAAAUAUAACUAUUCAGUUUGGAAACAAUAUUACUAAUUCGCCUAAUGUUACAUUUAACUUUGCUAAUAUGAAUUCAGUUGUGUUACAGGAUUGGGUGAUAUAAGGUCAAUAAGUUCAAAGAAAUAAACCUUUUUUACAGUUCUAUAAUAUCAGCUAAGGACUUUUUAUUGAUAACUUUUUAGUGAAAGAUCUUUAAAUUAGUGGUUAAAUUCCAACUUUAAUGAUCAUUUAAAAUGUCACUUAAGUCUAAAUAAAUAACUUGUAAUUUUAAAAUGUUAGUUUUUAAUUGAAUUCUAAUUUACAACCAUUUAUUAUAAGCAUUUAAAACGUUAUCAACUUUUAAUUGAAUAACAGUCAAUUUGUAUAGUUUUAAUUGAAUUAAGACUAAAUUUUAAUUUUUUAGUGUAUGGGAAUAAGAAGUAUUUCAUUUUCAAAUAUUUUUUUGUUGAGCUUAAUAAAAACAAGUCUUGCUAAUUUCUCUAACCACUUCUAUGAAGGUGCCUAAGAGUUGUUAGUAAACGAUAGUGAGGUUUUAAUGUCUAAUAUCACAGCUUAAGAUAUUUCAAACUUAUCCUAAAGCUUUAUUUAUAUUAAUAAUACAUAUAACUCUACUUUGCUAAACAGUUCAUUUACUAAUAUUCAAGGAAAAUAAUGUUAAGGGACAGUAGUUUAAAUAUAUAAAGGAAAUACGCAUUUAAUCUAAAAAGCAUUAUUUAUGCAAAACUAAGGUAGAAACGGAGGUUCAGUUGCUAUUUUUGAUAGCCUUUAAGGAUUUUUAGAGAUAAAUCAAAGUAUUUUUACAUAAAACUCAGCCAGUUAUUCAGGAGGAGCUAUUUACACUUCUAACAGUGUAGUUUUUAUAUUAGGAAGCUAAAUUGUUAAUAAUAAAGCUAUGAUAGGUGGAGGAUUGCGAUAUGAAGUCAUAAAGCCUAAUAUUGAUUUGCCAAUAAGUUUAAGACUAUUAUAACAUGGUAGCAACUAAAUUAAAUCAAUAAUUCAAGAUAAUACAGCAGAAGUAUAUGGAAAAAAUAUAGGAUCUUAUUUAUAUUCUUUGAAUAUUUUGGAGUAAAAUUUAACUUCUUUAAAUCUUUAGCAGUUUUAGACCAAGUAUCAAUCAUGGGCUCAAAAACUUAGUAGCAGUGCUAUGAAUGUAUAUUUAUAAAGUAAUUUUAGAAGUGGAGAUGUAUUACCACUUUAUGCACAAAUUUUAGAUGAAGAAGGUAAUCCUGUUUUUAUAGAUUCAUUAAAAGUAACAAAUAAUAUCUAUGAUGCCUCUCUUAUAUAAGAAAUAAAAAGUUUUUCAGUUAAAGCCGCUUCAUUUUAAGAUAACUAACUGAAAGUUUUUGGAUAAUAUACUACAGAUUUUACCACCUAUAAUAUGACCAUUAAAGCCUUUUAAAUCAACACUAAAGUUGUAUCUAAUCCUUUAUCUUAAAAUAUUCUACUAAUAUAAUAUAGUACUUCUUAUGCUUCUAAAGAACUCAUACCUGGAGAAUAAAUGUACUCAGUGAUUAUUAUUAAUUUUAGAGAUUGCAUAUUAGGUGAAGUUUAUUAAUAAUUAGACGAAGUUUUCAGUUGUUUUCCUUGUCCCAGCGGAUAAUAUUCUUUACAAAUCCCUAAUAAAUAAUAAUAAACAUGUAACUAAUGCCCAAAUAGUGCAUUGAAUUGCUAAUUGAAUUAAAUAAACCUUAGAUAGGGUUUUUGGAGAUCAGAUAAUUAAUCUGAUAAUAUUUUGGAGUGUUCAAGAAAAUAAGAAAACUGUGUCCCAGAUGAUUUACACCAGUAUUGCGUUUAAGGGAAUUAUGGACCUUUAUGUGAACAAUGUGAUGUUUAUGGAGAAAUUUGGGAGGAGUCAUAUCAAUCUGAUGGAAAUCUUAGUUGUAAUAGCUGUAAAAAGCUUUUUAAGGGAUUUUAUUUCACCAGAGUUAUUAUUUAACUACUAGCAAUAUUUAUUUUCUUAGGGAUUUCAGUAGCCGCUUCUUUAUAUGACAGUAAAAGUAUUGUGCUAGCAUACUAUUUAAGAAAGCUUAAAGUUAUUUGUAUUUCGAAAUCAUGUUAUUUGAAUUCUGCUUCUUACGGUUUAAAAAAUUUAACAAGUUUCCUUUAGACUGUUGCAGUUAUUUAUGAAAUAGUGUUUUAACAAUUUCCAUUAGGAACUAAGUCUGUCUCUCAAGUAGUUGGAAUGCCAUUAACUGAUCUAUACUAUUCACUUGAUUGCUCUCUUUCAACUAAAAGUGCUUUCCCCAUUAUCUAUAUUAGAAUUUUAUGGAGUUUUGGAAUUUGCUUGAUUUAUUUUUUUAGUAUUUCUUUCUCACUUUUUAUAUACGGGUUAAGCAGAAAAUAAUCUAAAAGAAUAUUAUUUUAUCACGGAGCCAUAUACACAUAUUUCUUCCUAUAAAGUAAUUUCACAUAUACACUAUUUAGUAUGAUGUCUUGUAGAUAUAUAGGAGAUAGCUACUAUAUUUUGGCAGAUAUAUCUUAUGAAUGCUUUACACCAACUCACCUUAAGUUCAUGAAAAUUAUUGGUAUACCUGGUAUUAUAAUUUGGAAUAUUAUAAUACCAGCAUUCUUUUAUCAAAAAAUGAAGAAAUGUAUCUAAUAGCCUGACUCAGCAGUAAGCAGAGAAACAUAUGGAAUCUUAUAUAAUCAUUAUAAACAUAAAUAUUUCUACUGGGAACUUGUGAAGUUUUAUAAAAAAUUAUUAUUAAACGCAAUUUUAGUUUUCUACAUCCAGCCUAUAGUUAACAAAUUUGUUUUCUCACUUUUGCUUCAAAUUCUUUUCUUGAUUUUACUUAGAAAAGUCAAGCCUCAUUUCUUGAAUUCUCAUUAUGUUAUUGAUCAUCUAUAAGAAUUGAUCCUAUCUGCUAAAUUGGUUAUUUUUAUAUAUAUUUAAAAUCAAACAGAGUUAUCAAGCUAAGAGACACUUCUCUAUUAUGAAAUAGGAAUAAGUUCAACAUUUUAAAUUUUCUUUUUAUUAUAGAUUCUUAAAGAAAUACUGAAAAAAAGAUAUUUUUAAAUUUAUUAUAUGAUAAAGAGGGCUCUUUUCUAAAAAAUACCAACUUUAAAAAAUAUUUUUAAAGAUACAAAAUUUGAGAACAAAAAUAAUGUUAGGCAUUUAUUUUUAUGGAAAAGACUUAGAAUUAUGGUAAAAGAUGUUCUAAAAUAAGAGAAAUAAGAGGAAUAACCAUAAGAUAAUUCAUUUGAAAGAAAACAAAAAUAAAACAGACUAUUUUAAUCUUACAGAUCUAAAUUGUAGGAGAUUGGUAGAUAGAUAAAAGAAAGUAAUGCAAAUUUACGUUAAUCAUCUAAUGAUGUAAUUUUAAAUAGUCCUACUCUUCAGUAAGAAUAGUAAAGUAGUGAAGUUAAUAUGCUUUUAAAGUCAAGGAUAUCAAUUAAUAAGCAAAGAAAAAAUAGAAGAUCAAUGUCAGUAUCUUUGAUAAAUAGUAAUGGAUUUUCUUAGUUUGAGAAUGAUUAGGUAAAGCUACUUAUGGUUAAAUAGCCACCUGAAGCUAAUAUAAAUUUAAUUCAAGAUAGAUAAAGUGCGAUAACAAUCUAGGAUAAAAUAAAUACACCAAGAUUAUUGAAGUAGAGUAGUAAUCUUGACAGUGAGGGCAAUGCCAAUGCAUAGUUUGCACUAUAAAAAUAAUUUAAAGAUAAUAGACUUUAACAUUUGGACUCGCAUCGUCAAUCUCUUAUGAAAUGUGAAAGCGAAGUUAAUGAGUUAGAAGUAUUUUUCCCAUUAUCUCCACCAUUUAAAAUUGCUAAUACUAAUUCAAAUAUUUUCAAAAACUGUAUUGAAUAAUCUAAUAAUUAUCCUCAACUAACACAAUAAUAUGAAAUAUGUCAUAGUGAAAAUCAAAGCCCUGGAAUACCAUACACUUUAGAAGAUAUUGGUAAAUCUGAUAGAGGAAUUGAGCAUUUUAAAGAUAAUGAAUGA